AGUAUAUCAAAAUUACUCCAUGAAUCAAUUUCCUAUUAUGACCGAUUUGCCUUAUUCACCGCUCCUUCCAACUGAUCCGAAUUUUUGGGCUUGGUUAGAUGCUCUUCUUCUUGAAAUUCUUAUGCAACAUCAGGCUAUUCCAUUAUCUAGGCAAGCUUUGAAUCAUUUAUCUGCCUUAAACAAUUAUUAUAAUGGCUUCACUGAUAUUCAAAUUAAGAUAUAUGGGGCUCUUGCUCAGGCUCAUGAACUAUCUGGAAAUUGGCUUGAGGCCAUUAACGCUCAUCGUAAUAUUUUAGCUUUAAGACCUGAUAAUAUUGACUCUAUGAUAGGUUUAGCAAAAUGUUACAACAAAAAUGGUGAUAAAAGUCAGUUUCUAAGUACUUCUUACGACGUUAUUCGUAUUAAACCAACAAACUGGGAAUUCGCUAAUUAUUUGACCGAUGCCCUCACUAAUGAUCCCUCCCUUCUUCAAGAAGCUUUGGAUGUAUUAAAUCAUGUUUUACAACAUUCUCCAAAUUCUUCCAUAAAGAUGUUGGAUGUGGGUUUUAUACAAUCUCUUUUUUAUCGUCGUGCCCAACUCAAAAAACGGAACAAUGAUUAUUUUGGGGCACUUAUAGAUUGUUUCUCAGUUUUGGAAAUAGCUUUGAAUGGAAAAUCUUUAAAAUCUUUUUUAGAUGAUAUAAUAUUAUGUCUUGGAUUUAGCAAUUAUGAUCAAACUCAAGUUCCAUUCAUUAUUUUACCUGUUAAUGACUCUUUAAGAUUACUUGAUUUAUUAUUUCCAACAACAAGUGGAUUAUUUCCUGGUCAUUUAGGUUUAACUUCCCAAUCCGAUAUAAGAUUGGCGAAAAAACAAGUCUUUGGUGUUCUUUAUGAGAUAAGCUCCGCCUUUGAAUCUCAUCCAAAAGAAUGUCAAUAUUUUUUAAAUGAUGUUACUCCACUUAGUUCUAUUUCUUUACUAUUUCUUUAUUUGGCUUGCGCGUGUUAUCCUUCUGCUCAAAUUUUUUUCGAAGUUGCCGCUAUGUUAAACAAGAUUACUGGUGUUGCUGCUUGUCGUCAGGCUGCCAUUGGUUACCUUAGUGAAGGUAUUCAAUUGGACCCUAAAAAUGUAGAUGCUUAUAUUAAUUUGGCCGAUUGUUUAUAUAAUGAUGGAAAUAUUCCAGGAAUGACUGAAGUAUAUGAAAAACUAUUAUCUUUUCAUGUCAUCUCUGACGAAAAUCAUUUGAUUAGAUUUGCUUUUGGAUGUUGUUAUAUAGGUGAUAUUGCCAAAUUAACUGCUACUUGGUCUAAUGCUCUUUUAUAUUAUAAAAGAGCUCAUACUUUAAGACCAAAUGAUCCUAUUUUUUUAGCUUCUUUAACUCAAGCUAAUACUCAUGUAUGUUACUGGAAAGAUCGGGGUGGAGUAGGUUAUCAUUCAGUUGAUAGUAAUGGUAAUUUACAUCGUUUUCAAACAGUUCAGAGAUCGGGUCAAAUGGCUUUAGUUGCUGAUAUUGUUGAAAAAGCUAUUAAUGAUGGAGCUAAAUUUGGAAAAGGCAUAAUUGAAAAAUCUGGUGGAAUUCUAGCUCUUUUAACAAAUUUAUGUUCCAAUUUAAGAGAUGAUGAUAAAUCGGUUAAAUUUUUUAAGACUAAAGCGGCAAAAUGGAGAAAUCAAGCUUUUAAUAUAAAGAAUGAAGGUGGUUGGAUUUUACGUGUAAUUCAUCAUAUAAUGCGUCGGAUUCAGCAUAAAUGGUACGUGGAUUCAUACGGUGGCAUAACUCAAAGUUCACAUGCUCUACCACCGAUUAAUGUAACUCCGAAACUCCGUUCAAAAUAUCAACGUCCGCUUAUCCCUCCAGGAUUAGAACAACCAGUGGCUACGCCUAUACAACCAUUUUAUACGUUCAUAUAUGAUUUAGAUCCAAGACAAGUUCGUAUAAUAUGUCACAGGACCGCUUUAAACAUUGCUUAUGAAGGGAACUGUUGA